CAUGCGCCAUACUAACAGCCGCUGAAGAUGACGGACCUCGGGAAAGCUCGCGAGCGUACUCGUGUUUAUUUCCGUUUGAAACCCCGCUACGGAACGGCCACCGUGCGCGGCAACUAAUUCACGGCUUCUGGGGUGUGUUGGUACUCCGUGCCGCAAACCAUCAUUUCGACGGUGAGCCAGUGAGGACUGUUUCGGUACUUUAAGUGCGGCAUUUGUCUCCGGCAUGUGUAUGUGUGUGUGCGGGCGUGGGAGUGUGUUUAGUGUGCGCUUGCUAAAACAAAGCUUAAACAAUGCUUUUAAAACAUCAACGAGAUGCUUGAAGAUGCAUGAGAAACAGUGAAAUUGUUACGAAGUGUUUUCUUUCGGUUUGUUUCCACCGGUGUGAAAGGAAGCACAGAUGUGGAGAAAGUCCUUUCUCGUGGCUUUCAUCUUUUCGACGCAGUGGCAGCAGGUGUGCGUGUAGUGUUUUACACUCGCACACACAGAACCAAAUUUCCAUUUCGUCCAGACGGAACCUACCGGCGAAUUCCCUUCCGGCGAGACUAAAGCUCGCUCUGUGGGGGAUCCUCGUUUUUUGACGUUUUUCCGAGUGCGAUUGUUUGUUGUGUGUGGCUCCUGUUGGAGGAUUUCCCUCGUGUUGCUAUAUUUACCAACACCAACCCAAACACGGCACUGUGUUUUCUACGCCAAACCCUUGUCGGAAGUUAUCCCCGGUUGGUCCUAGCACGCGGACAUCAGCCAGACAUCCGGAAUAGCUGCUAGACACGAGCUUUGUUUGCUUCGCACGUGAAAACACACAUUGGAGACACAUUCGAGGACAUUGCAUGUUACCUUCCUACUCCAGUUUUUUGCAGGUAUUGCAGUUGUGCAAUCACGUGCAUUAGCCAAGCAGGCUGUGAUCAAGUGUGAAAGCGAAAAAAGAAAAAAAAACAGAAAGAUAGAGUAGAUGUGUGUGAGAGAAGGGUAAGCCAACCAAUUCACGUCCACAACCCGGAAUUUGGUCAAUCGCCACCGGCUGACUGCUGCUGCUGCUACUGACUGAUGUGUGUAUCUGGCUGGCCGAGAAGAGUCGGAGAAUUGAAGUAAAUUUAGAACAAUUUAUUGUCGUAGUCACGGAUGAGACUCUGCCGGCGAACCGCCGAAUGGAGGAGAAGUGGAGCGUCGUCGUUGGACCAGCAUUUGUGAGGUUCGUUUGAUUGAUUGGGCUAGUGCAUUUAUAAGAGUUUUUGUGUGUGAUAUUGAUAGUGUGACUGUACAGUAACCUCAGUGUAACUUACCUGUUCCUGGAACAGGCAAUAAGUUUGGAUAACUAAUUUACAUACAUCAUCUACCAAACGUCCAAAGUAAUCUAUCAAGAUGACCACAUCGAACGGUGAGCUGCUCGGUUUGGCCUUCAUGGCGUUCUUCAUCAUAACGCUGUCGUCGACGGCGCGAUAUUACUUCAAGUUCUUCUGCUUUAUCGCCUUUUCGGUGGUGUGUGCCGUCGGUCCAGUACCACUAAUGUUGAUCCGACCCCGAGACUAUCGGAACGCGCUAAUUCCAGCGUACUUAUGCAUAGGCUUUGGGAAGAUGCUUGGAGCAUCGUUCACGGUGCGUGGUAAAGAAAAUAUCCAACGAAAGCAUGGAGGCGUCGUGCUGAUGAAUCACCAGAGCGCACUGGACUUGAUUGUUCUGGCAGAGCUAUGGCCCAUCAUGGGCAGGUCGACGGUGGUCGCUAAGAAAGAAGUACUGUACAUGUUCCCGUUCGGGUUAGCUUGCUGGCUCUGGGGGACUCUGUUUAUCGAUCGGCAGAACCGUGAUUCAGCCAAGAGCGUCAUCAACAAGGAAGCAAAGGCCAUCAACGAGAAACAGGCGAAGCUACUUUUCUUCCCAGAGGGAACGCGAGGAAACGGCGAUAAACUACUACCGUUCAAGAAGGGUUCCUUCCAUGUAGCCGUUGAAUCGCAAGCCUUCAUUCAACCGGUGGUCAUUUCCAAGUAUCAUUUUCUGAAAUCCAACGCAAAGAUUUUCAAUCGAGGACAAAACAUCAUCAAAAUUCUUCCCGAAGUGCCCUGUGCCGGGUUAACUAAGGAUGACAUUCCGGAGCUAAUGGAACGAGUGCAGAAGAUGAUGCAGCGGGAGUACGAGCUACUAUCGGAGGAGUCACUAUCGAUUAAUAACAUUAGCGAAGUGGUGCACUAGAAGGUAUUUGUGGGUAGGGUUGUACGUUCCUGGUGGGACGUGUAAACAAUUGAAAACAAAACAGUUGACCUGGUAAAGCAUGUUAGAAUUAUACCCCGGAUCUUCAUUAGGGUUAGAAAAAUGCUGCAGAGACAGAUAAGCUGCAUCUACUCUCCUCCAUCGAAAGGAAGCACACUCAUCACCACCUCAUUACAUCAAGAAACAACAACUCCUCGUUCAACAACAGAGAGCUUAGUAGUUGCGAUUAGUGAUUGCCUAUUUUUUAAACUUUAAACUAAUGUUUUUUUUUAUUGCGUAUGAAACUAUCCGAUGUGGAAUUAACUUCUGUCUCUUCGAAAAACAUAAGGGCGUUUGUUUCAGUUUGAAGGAUAGAUUUUAGCAAGCAUGACGCACAAAACAGACACAACAGAACGGAAUUACGCAACGUUUCGAAUAAAUCCGAGUUGAGGAUGUUUCCUUUUUCCUAUCUUCCUUCGCCAGAGACUAUAUUGUUCCUGUUUAGUAGGUGUAAGAGCGCGUAAGAUGAUGCCAUUAUCAGCUGUGUUGGCAAAGGGUUAAAAGUUUCAAGUCCAAUAGUUAUGAUCAAUCAAGACGCGUAGGGUGGUGCGAAGCAAUAGCUGGCUUGUAAAUAGCGUACAAAGUACAUAUUUUAGCAGGAUAAGAAUUUUAUUCGAAAGAGCAAAACUAGGGUUUAGGGAGAACGGUAGUAAGUGGUAAAGUGGCGAAGAUGAAAGCACAAAAUGGGUAGAACAGUACAAGCAGUGUAUGGAUGCGAACACGACGUUAAAUGUCGUACGUUAAAUGUGAUAAUACAUUAAAACGAUGCAAAGAUCUAACAGAAUGUAGUAAGCACGUGAAAGGUGGUAUAGAAUACAAGAGAACCGGCGUUGAUAGGGCGGUCGUUGCGCUUGUAGACAGCACGUGCCCUUCAGAGGGGUAAGAUUAUGUUCUCAGGUUUUUGUGUGAUCUCUUGGUGGAGCACGAAUGAAAUCCCAGCACGAACGGUCUAAGGCAGUUUAUUGCCCUCAUAAGAA